UUGGCCUCCAAAAGUGCUAGGACUAGAAAACAAGGCCCACACUGGACGGGGCAGCUGCUGGGCUGCUACUCUCGCCGCCGCCAUGAUUCCCCCCGCAGAUUCUUUGCUCAAGUACGACACCCCUGUACUGGUGAGCCGGAACACGGAGAAACGGAGCCCCAAGAUUGCAGAAUUGGAGACGGAAAAGAGAGACCUGGAGAGGCAAGUGAACGAGCAGAAGGCAAAAUGUGAAGCCACCGAGAAGCGGGAGAGCGAGAGGCGGCAGGUGAAGGAGAAGAAGCACAAUGAGGAGAUUCAGUUCCUAAAGCGGACGAAUCGGCAGCUGAAGGUCCAACUGGAAGGCAUUACUGCACCAAAGAAGUGAUAAUUUCCACAUGAUAAUUUCCAACAAGACACUUGGGAUUAUUUACUAUGUUCUUCUGGCAGCCAAUAAAAUCAUCAUAAGCCA